CUGAAAAAUUGUUUAGAUUACAGGAUGCUUCAGAUUUAUUGUUGCCUAUCUCCAAAAGAUCUAAAGCUUGGGUUAAAAAUCUUCCUAUUAUUGUCAAUGAUCUUAAUAAUUCAGUAACUAGACUAAUUAGUAUAACCCCUGCUAAAGCUAUAAAAAUGAAGCAAGUUAUUGCUAUAUCUUCCAAAUUACAAAAUGGGCCUAUAGCCUUUAAUGAGUCUAAGCUAUCAUAUAAUACAUCAGUAAGAUAUUUGCUUGAAUCUGCUUUGGUACAAAAAAAUCAAUCUAUCUUAUAUUGGCUUGAAGAUAAAGAGGGCAAUAGACCAAAGCGGUCUUUUGUUAGAGAAGAACUCCAAAUUAUUCAUCCUAAUACUGAAUUACCUCCUCA